GAGCGUAGACAUAUAUGUGGAGUGGUGCUGACGUUUGCUCUUUUCAAUGGAUGACGAUAGUAUAACCAUAGAGGUUGAGCAACUGGAAAGUCCAAGUACAACUAGCAAGAAACAGAUGCAAAUUGCAUUUCAAGCAAGUACCAAUACAGAUGACUUUGUCACUGUAAAUAAAAGUAGGGAGCUUUCAGAGCUUGCUGCUUCUGAUGAGGAAACAACUACAGCUCUUGAUCUGUGCAAGAGAGUGCUUGGACCAUAUGAGAAUUUUCUCAAAGUGCUUGGCUGGAAACCUAUUUUCACAGUUAUGGAAGCAUCUCUCUGGAAGGACUUUGUCAAUGUCAUUUAUCCUAUAGUUGUCGUGUGUCUCAUUCUUUUGGGAUACAUUGUCCAAUUUGCUGCUUGUUACAGCAGAAGUAACCCAGCUUAUCAAUAUGAUGAGGCUAAAGAUGAGAACGGUACGGUUGUAUACUACACUGUGGACUGUUAUGAUCACAGCAUCAGUUCUUAUGUCAUACUUGACGUGAUUCACAUUGGAGUUUAUUUCUACUGUUUUUAUCUAUUCCGUUAUAAACAGACAGAACAACUAGACAAAAUGAUGGAGCAGACGUUUAUACUGUGCAAUUCAAUCAAGCAGAAAGGAUAUCUAUCUCAGAAAAAACUGACUGCAUCGUUAAGACGACCUUUGUGGAUUGGAAUUAUAUGGAUAGCACUGUCAUUUUCAGCUCAAACAUUGGGUGUGGCUGGUAGGGCUAUUGAGCAUGAGCGAACAAACUUUGGAGACAUUGAGUUUACAUGGAUGGAACUGAAGAACAAGGGUGGUCAGUAUUCAUUGGCUAUAUUCAUGGUACUUGCAUUUGUUGCAUUGGAUGUUGUUUACGUGGGUGUGGUUGUCAACUACGUUACCCAGUGCAAGCUUCUUAUAUUCCUCAUACGAGGAGUUGCAGAGAAAGUAACACAGAAGAUAAUUAAACUGCAAGAAGCUAUUAAGCAACUUUAUGACAUUGGAGAGAUGAUCAGGCAGCUAAAUGUUGAGUUGGGGAUUGCCGUGUCUCUUCUGGAGUUCUUGUUUGGGUGUGUAGCAAUUUCUGCAUGGUUAUCAUUGAGAGACAACACCAAACAUGGUGGUCCACUCGCAGCAUCAGCGGUCAUGAGUGCCAUCUUGUGGACUGUGGUGGCUAUUUUGCCAAUCUGCUAUGCUGUACGUUUGUCUAAUGCAUGCGGAACAAUCAAGAAACUGGGUUAUAAGAUUAGAGCUAGGUCAUAUAUUCACCAAGAUGCUGCACAAAAUGAUCUGGAUUCUUUUCUGAUGUUCACAUCAUUAUUUGAUCCACGAGUCAAGCUGUUUCGUGUUCCUAUUCGUGCUCAAUACUUCUGGGGUAUUCUUGUGACAGUCAGUUUUGUUAUAUUACUUCUUGCCCAACAUGGAGUCAUCUCAUCAGGAGUUUUUUGAAUAACAAGUUUCCUUUGUACUAGGUAGGGUUGAGUAUUAGUUAUAUUGGUGUGGUUAUUAACAUUGAUUUUACUAACUGUUUGCUACAAUCUAUAACUUUCAAAUGUAGUACAAGUAUAACUAUCUAGUUAAGACUGGAUGUUGUACUAUAGGCAGAUUGAUCACCUAGUGCUGGCUA